AAUAUUUGACGUUUCAUUCAAAAUAAGUCGUCGCCUACAAUCCUACAGUCUAUUUACGGCAGCCAGGAACUCUCUGCUCGCCGGAAAUAUUCGCCCAUCGUUAUUCUUGAUUUUUGACUUGCUUAAUUUUCCCCCGAAGUCUACUUUUGAGGGGCGAAUUAACACAUGAGCUACAAUGGAGCAACCUGAUGUUGAUGAUAUAAUCCAUAGGCUGCUUGAAGUUAGAGGGAAACCUACAAAGCAGUUUCAGCUCACUGAAUCCGAAAUCAAGCAACUCUGCGUCGUUUCUAGAGAAAUAUUCUUGCAACAACCUAAUCUGUUGGAACUUCAAGCACCCAUUAAAAUCUGUGGUGAUAUUCAUGGUCAAUACGCCGAUCUUCUUCGUCUUUUUGAGCACGAUGGAUUACCACCUGAAGUCGACUACUUAUUUCUUGGUGAUUAUGUUGACAGAGGCAAACAAAGCCUUGAAACGAUAUGCCUUCUUCUCGCCUACAAAAUUAAAUACCCAAAUAACAUCUUCCUUUUGCGUGGAAACCAUGAGUGUGCUUCGAUAAACCGUAUAUACGGAUUCUAUGAUGAAUGUAAAAGAAGAUUUAAUGUGAAGUUAUGGAAGAUCUUUGCAGAUUGCUUCAAUUGCUUACCUGUCGCUGCUCUCAUUAGUGAAAAGAUUCUGUGUAUGCAUGGAGGUCUAUCACCCGACCUCAAUAACUUUGAUCAAAUCAGAGAGUUGACUCGUCCUGCUGACAUACCUGAUUCUGGUCUGCUUUGUGAUCUUCUAUGGUCAGAUCCACAUAAAGAUGUCAAAGGGUGGGCCAUGAAUGAUCGAGGGAUUUCAUACACUUUUGGUGCUGAUGUUGUGACAGAGUUUCUACUGAAACAUGAUCUUGAUCUUGUUUGUCGCGCUCACCAGGUUGUAGAAGAUGGGUAUGAGUUCUUUGCAUACAGACAACUUGUAACGGUGUUUUCUGCACCAAAUUAUUGUGGGGAAUUUGACAAUGCUGGUGCUUUUAUCAGUGUUGAUGAGACUCUAGAGUGUUCUUUUCGAAUACUAAAACCCGCAGAAAAGAAAAGAUCCAAAUCUAUGAUGAAUCUUUUUGGGAGCUCCACCAGCGGCUAAUCCGCUCAUUUUUACCCAUGAACAGUCGGUGAUGCUUGUUUCUGAUUCACUCUUAGAAAUGUAAUGUUUCUGGGGUUUCGUGAAUAUGAUUGACACCAUGAAGUUGGUUUGUAAGCGAUUUUUUAGAUCAAAAUAGGUGCAUAAAGAAAAGAGGGAGUUCUUCAUCCAUUGCGAUGGGCCUUGGUGUUCUUCAUUGCUUACUUAUCCAUUGCUUGUUAGGGCUGAAGCCUUUGAAGUGAUUCUGUUUUAAUUUUUUACUGAUUUGGUUUUCUUUAUAA